AUGGCAAUCACGGAAGCAAGAGCUCCUCAAUCAGCUCCAUUGAAACACGGUGAGAAGUCGUCUGAUCUGGUAUCGCGAUUAGCCGCUUCGCUACUCCCCUGGCCCCAUCCCUCCAGCACAACACAAGAUGCAUCUCAACCUGCGUCUUGCUGCAUUUAUCUACACCGUGGUCAUCACAAUAUGCAUGCACAGCAUUCGACUAUUCACAUGCAUGUGCGACAAUCUCCUACCGAGCUGUACCCCAGACGCUGUUCAGGGCCCUCCCUACCUCGCUUCCGGUCCACUUCGUAUGCACUCAAUUUGAUUAUCGCCGCUCCUAAGCAGCUAAGCCAGUUUGUUUCUUGCCAAAUUACAGCCGGCCAUCCUAAAAACACCGACGACGAAAACAAUCGAUACCAACAGGUUCAUAAACAGGAUUCGCAUGCAUUUAUCCCAGUCGCAUGUUCAUUUCUACCGGUCUAG